UUCCUCCCAAUUUCUGGCACCUAGUCCCCUACCUACUCUCUUUAUAAGCAAAUCCCAGUUUGCCAUUUACACCAUCGACACGGAUUCUCAAUCACAUCUCUUCUUUUUCAACUAAAAAUCCCACAUCAAAGAGUUUCCAACUAUUGUUCUGUUUUAUAUUACAGAGAAAUGAGUUCAGCAAGUAAAGCUUGGUUGGUAGCUGCUGCUAUUGGAGGUGUUGAGGCCUUGAAAGACCAAGGCUUCUGUAGGUGGAACUACACAUUGAGAUCGCUACACCAACAUGCCAAGAACCAUGUCGGGUCAAUUUCUCAGGCUAAUAAGAAGCUCCCUCAUUCAUCUUCUGCCAUUAUUUCAAGUAAAUUCAAGGAAGAGAAGGCGAAACAGUCAGAGGAGUCUCUAAGAAAAGUCAUGUAUUUGAGUUGCUGGGGUCCAAACUGAUACUCUCAAGAAAAAAGAAACUCUGAGGAAAUGAGUUCAUAGGAUUAGAGUAAAUUUUUGCAAGUUGAUUUAAACUGUAAAUGCUUGUGCUGAUUGCCAAUCAAAUAUAUCUCAUUUUAUUGGCAAAA